AUGGCAAAAGAAAGUCAAAAAGGAACAUUCCUGGGGGCGAUUCCCUCCUGGAGCACAUCAAAAAAUACACCGAUACAACCGAGCGCCGGUCAUAGCCCACUAGAUCCCCUUCAACGAUCUCAAGGUGAAGACCAUACGGUCUCCCACAGGCAGAGACUGAGUCUACGCUACUACCCCAAAGACUGCCCGCCGUUGAGAGUCAGGUGGUUCUACGCAGUGGACUCUCCCAAAUGGAAACCAAGCCCCCCAGACCAAAAGAAGGAUGACUCGAAGCCCCCCCCGUCGCCGAAGAAAUUCGUCCCCUUCACACCGAAAGAUUCUCACUCUAUCGAACAGGCAUUCCAGAGGAUAUCCGAUAUCGAGAUAGAAAGGGAAGAAGCCCAUUACAACCGGCCGGUUGACACAACGCGGGAUGUAUCGGUUAGAGUGCCCGUCAAUGAAGACUAUCUCUUUGAUGUGGACAUACAACGCAGGGACUUGAGCCCAGCCUACUGGACUGGGCCCGUAUACGAAGUUCGGCGUGGGACCUGGUUUGUCCAGGAUGGAUCAACAUUCAAACCGUGUGAAGAAAAUCUUGCUACCCAGCUGGAGGAAGGCUAUUUGAAAGUUAAACCGUGGCGUACGGAGGACGCACAAGACUCCUUACCUCAAUCCGGGUGUCCCGCUAAUAAUACCGAGAGUACCGCGCGUGUCUCAUCCGUGUCCACCAACGAGGCCCGAAAAUAUCGCUUAUUCGGAUCUUAUAUGAGCAGUAUAGUCACAUAUCAGGAUGCCUCAUCAGCGCUGCUCGCAAAUGAUGAUUUCAUGUCUACCGUAUAUCAGAAGCUCGGAGGAGUCCCGGGAACUAGGCUGGUGCGAGGGUUUAGUGAGAUGAAGAAGCAAAAUGAGACCCAGGAUAUAAAGAGUUCGGAUCAGAAAUCUGCUCGCGAACCAUCCCCCGCUGCUCCUAGGGAUCUCGCCACCGGUUCGCCCAGCAAGCGCCCAGCUGAGCUUUUGAGAUCUAGCACGCCUCGCAAGCAACCGGAAAACGACGAUGUCACUGAAAUGGACCCGGAAGAAACUCUGGAACGGCGUGUUUCGUCGCUCGCCGGCGGAAAAGAUACAGCUGAUAUAGAGGAAGAAGCUCGUAGGCAGGAAGAAAAGGAGAUGGAAGAUUCAAGAGAGGCAGACAAUGAGGACAGGGAGAGGGAGGUUGAUCACCUGGUGCUCGUUACGCAUGGCAUUGGCCAACGACUGGGGUUACGUCUAGAAAGCGUCAACUUUAUCCAUGACGUGAAUGUCUUGCGCAAGACUAUGAAAAGUGUCUACAGAGCAUCACCCGACCUCCAGGCCCUUAACUCCGAAUUUCCAGAUAAGCAUAAAAACUGUCGUGUCCAGGUUCUUCCUGUGUGCUGGAGGCAUCUUCUUGAUUUUCCAUACCAAAGAGUUGGACAAAACCGCAAAGAACAUGACCUCGGAGACGCAGACACGCUUGAAGAUGAUGUGUACCCUAAUUUGUCCGACAUCACACUCGAAAGUGUGCCUGCUGUCCGAAACCUCAUCUCUGACUUGGCUGUGGAUGUGCUUCUUUACCAAAGUAAGUACUGCGAACGCAUAUCUUCCAUUGUGAAGCAGGAGUGCAAUCGAAUCGCCGAGCUGUAUAAGAAACGGAACCCUAAAUUUCACGGGUCUGUGAGUCUCUGUGGACAUUCCCUCGGGAGCGCUAUUCUGUUUGAUAUUCUCUGCGCCGAACGACCUGAGCCAAUGUCCCAUGGCUAUAGCGGCACCAAUAACGCUACCUCAGACCUCUCGUUGGCUUUUGAAUGCGAAGAAUUAUUUUGCUUGGGUUCGCCGGUCGCACUUUUCCAGAUGCUCAAGGGCAAGACGAUUGCUGGGCGCCCUGCUUUGAGCCGUGGAAGCUCUAAGAUAUUUCCCAAGGAGAGUGACGAGUGUGCUGAUCCACCCUCUUCUACAUCCAAACGACAACCUGCAAAUUUAAGCGCAGGCCUCAACCUAGGCGACAACCGGUCUUUACCAAAAUGUCGGCAAUUAUACAAUAUAUUCCAUCCAUCGGACCCCGUGAGCUAUCGCAUGGAGCCUUUAAUAUCUCCCGCGAUGUCUUCGCUCAAGCCACAGCCCUUACCAUCCGUUAAACGGAGUAUAUGGACGGCCUCUGGGCAAAGCCUUUCAUUGAUCAGCAGCCGUGUAGGCCAAAGCGUGGGGUCUCUCUGGACUAACUUUACAUCUGGCGUUGCGAGCAGCCUGCUUAACCGCAGCCUGGGCCUGAGCUCUGAGGAUAGCGUCUCCCAUCAAAAUUCGAGUGCCCGCCCGAAGUCACAACAAUCCCCAGCUUCAGCUAGCCAUAGCAUUCAUGGCGAUCGAAGCCCUACCUUGAUAGAUCCCGAAAUAGAGACCCUUUAUGAAGGGUUCCAGAAGGCCAAACUUGGGCGCAGAAAGGAAGGCGCCGACUCCGAAGGUGACCGUGAUAUAGAAUAUCAGGAAAAUGAGCGACGUUUGAGAAAACUAAAGCUUGAAGACGAAAAACUGAGAUUAUUGAACUCGAAUGGACGGGUUGACUAUAGCAUACAAGAGGGCGCCUUUGAUAUAUCUUUGAUUGCUAGCAUCGCUAGCCAUCUGAGUUACUGGGCGGAUGAGGAUGUUAAUCAUUUUAUGCUCUCCCAAAUGCUAUGUAGAAAACGCCGACACCUAAAUAACCAUCCUUGA